AUGAGCAACCUCGCGAUCCUGUACGAACGCCAGGGCAAGCUCGUGGAAGGAGACCACCCGAGCCUCUUGCACACGAUACGAGAGCUCGGGUGGCUCUACGAAAGGCAAAAAGACUAUAUGGCUGCCCAGCCCCUCCUCGCCGAGUAUAUCGAGCUCCAGAGCCGCCGCGUUGGGACGCCCACCAACGAUGUGCUCCAGCGCAGGUGUAGUCUUGCCGAGUGCUAUACGCAGACGAAGAACGUCAAAGCCGCCGAAAUGAUGCUGCUCGAGUGCGUAGCGGCGGCCAAAAGCUUGCACGGGGAGACCUCCCCCGAAACCCUCAAGAUCGUUGCGCAACUCGAGUCGUUUUACGCGGCCAACCUCGAAAGCGCCAUCACGACCAAGGACUGGACAUCCAUCGCACACUAUCGUCAUGCGCUUGAAAGCUUUGGGAAAACCAACGCACUUUGCGACGCGACCAAGCACCAAAUGGAGAAUUCCAAGCACUUGAUGCCCGUGGGGACACCGCGCAAGGUCAUCAAGUCCCUAAUAGUGUCGCCACGCGCCGACAUUCUACACCAAAAACCCUAGUCCUCGUCAAAAGAUGCGUUCU